AUAAAUAACAAAGCCAGAGGAGCAGAUCUAGUUGGCCGGCUCGGAGGACGUCUCCUGAAUGCGCUGACCACCUCCACGAAACAUGCACCCCACACCGGGCCUGGGCCUGCUUCUGGCUGGCCUCCUGGUAGUGAAAGGUUUCCCUGAGCACAAGCCCUCUCCGAAUGGGGAAGUGUCCAAGGGGAAGCAGACAGCCCAGGAGCUCGCAAGGAGGAACACAGAAUUUGGCUUCAGGCUCUUCAAGAAGCUGGCCUCUACGGAACCUCAUGGGAACAUCUUCUUCUCCCCCUUAAGCCUGUCCACUGCCUUCUCCAUGUUGUCCUUGGGCGCCCAGGACUCCACUCUGGAGGAGAUCCAGCGGGCCUUCUGUUUCCAUGACAUGCCGGACAAGGAGCUUCACGAGGGUUUCCAUUACCUCAUCCAGGAACUGAACCAGCAGAACCAGGAUCUCAAGUUGGAUCUUAGCAACAUCCUGUUCAUAGACCGGGGGCUGCAACCACGUCAGAAGUUUAUGACGGAUGUCAAGAGUCUGUACAAUGCUGACACCAUUCCCACCGACUUCCACAACUUAGAAGCCACUCAGAAGCAGAUCAACGACUAUGUUCAUCAGAAAACCCAUGGGAAGAUUAGCAAUCUGAUCAAGAGAAUAGAUUCAGGCACUGUGAUGCUUCUCAUCAAUUAUAUCUACUUCCGAGCCAGGUGGAAACACGAGUUUGAUCCAAAACAGACCAGAGAAGAAGACUUCAUGCUGGGCCAGAACAAGUCCGUGAAAGUGCCCAUGAUGUUUCAAGGGGGCAUGUUCAAAGUCGGCUAUGACAAUCAGCUCUCCUGCACCGUCCUGGAAAUGCCCUACCAGAAAGACUUCAUGGCCAUGUUCAUCCUUCCCGACGUGGGCAAAGUGGAGGCUGUGGAAGAGGCCAUGGUGACCAAAGUGAUGCUCAAAUGGAAAAAGAUGAUCACAGAGAGGGUUGUAGAUGUGUUCAUGCCCAAGUUCACCAUCACCGGUACCUACAACUUAAAGAAGUUAUUCUCCCACCUCGGUAUCACCAAAAUCUUUGAGGAACACGGUGACCUCACCAGGAUCUCCCCUCACCGCAGCCUGAAGGUGGGAGAGGCCAUCCACAAGGCCAACCUGAGACUGGACGAGAAGGGCUCGGAGGGUGCUGCAGGCACCGGAGCCCAGACUCUGCCCAUGGAGAAGCCGGAAGAGGUCAGGUUCAACAGAACCUUCCUGAUGAUGAUCUGCCAAGAGAAGACGUCAUCCGUACUCUUCCUGGGGAAGAUUACCAACCCGGCUGGGUCCUAGGAGAACGCUCGGCUGGCCCUACACUCCUGCCGUGGCCCGGGGCUGAACACAGCCAUCUCCCCAGGAUGGCAGCACAGGGAUUGUCCCUAGCGUGUUACACCCUCCCUUCCCAUCUCCCGAAGCCUC